AUGAUUCUAGAAAGCGAGAGAGGCUUCAACUACACGCUGACACGCGACAAGCUGGCUAUGAAUCUUGGCUCCCCACCAAGAAAACCAAAGAAUGUAACACCAGCGUCUCUGCCUGCACCCGCGAGAUCAUCAUCAACAACAAUCCCAAGAACCACAACAUCAACAAACCCGGCGGCCGAUACGACGCCUUUUCCUCCCUUUGAACUGCCAGAACCGACGAGAUAUGAAUUGUCGGCAGAGAGCGACAACCGCGUCGCGACACUCGAAGCCCAAGUCGAAAGCCUGACGCGCAAAGGUGCUGAAGCUGCCGACCGCAUCGCCAACUACGAAGAAGAGAUUCGAGAUCUCAAAGCCAGUCAGAACCCUCGCAACGACUCGGCUCUUGAUUUUAUCUCUGUACACCCUUACCCUGCUCCCCCGACUUCGCUCAGUCGCAACUCUUCUGUUGCUUCUGUUGGCAAGUUCAGCUUCUUGACGCGCACAUCGUCUCUCACAAACGCCACAAAACCACUUCCCAAGACGCCUCCAAAAGCUUCUCCUAUGGCACCUGCUGCUCCUUCUUCCCCUACAGUCUCUGAACUUCAAGCUGCCCUCGCUGCCGAGACUUCUCGUCGUGUUGCUGCAGAGAAGAAGCACAAAGACCUGGAAGCGGAGUUGGAGGACUUGUCUGCCACACUGUUCGAGCAGGCAAAUGAAAUGGUCGCCAAGGAAAGAAAGGAAAAGGCAAAGCUGGAAGAGAGGUUGAAAGUGCUCGAGGAGAGAGACAGACUAGGCCAGAAGAGACUGGAAAUGGUGGAAAAUGCCUUGACAAGAAUCGAGCGCGUCAAGAAGUUGUUGGAUGAUUAA